UGUUUUUGCUCUUCCAAGUCCGGCGGCUAAGAUGCCACGAACCUCAGCAUCUGGGGAUGAUGCUGCGGUGGAACAAACGGUCCCCUCCACCACAGUGGACCCGUCGAGUGGGAUCGGGGCUACUCAUUCAGCGAGUAGUUUUGAUGUAAAUAUUACUAGCGAUGCGGGUAAGCGGGCCAUUGUUGCCAAGCCUGCCCGCAGAUUUGGCAUCAAGGGGCUUACUCUGAUAAGAGCUCCUACAGAUGCAAUCCUGGAUGAGAACGGGGAGGCUGAGACCCACUCAGCUUCCCAAUCAGGGGUGGAAAAGCCCCCGAGCACUCCAGACAUGAGUGCUCAAGAUGCGGAGGCGAUGGCCAACUCCAUGCUUCGGGAUUCUCCAUUGCCGAACUUGGAGAGGGGCAAUGAGGAAAUCGCGGAAGGUGACAGAAGCAACAAGCUUCCAGAAGGGGGAGAAGGCAAAAAGCUUUCUGAGGGAGGCACUGAUGAACAGCUCGAGAAGACCCCUGCAGAUUCCCAAAUCACAGGGAAUAUUGUAGGAAGGAUUGGAAAUGUGCCCAACAGGGCUGUGGCUGAAGUGCUGGCGAGUACUUCCCAAGUCACAUCAGGAAGUAGCUUGCCACGAGAGAAGGUGGAGCUUGCUGUCAAGCUGCUAGAGGAAGCACUGGGACGGAAGGGUGGCCAAUCCCAGGACGAGGCAGAGUGGAAUGCCCUGAAAGAGAGGGUUAAGACGCUCUCAUCUGAGAAGACAGCUCUUGAGGGAAAGCUGAAGAAGCUCUCUCAAUCUAAGAAAGAUGAAAUAGAGAAGCUCAAGGAGAUCAAGGAGGACUCUGAUCGGGAGGCGGCGUCGACUCUCCAGCAGCUCAAGACCUUGUCGGAGUCACGAGACUCGAUGCACCGAGAACUCGUGGAGCUGAGAGAUGUCAGGGAUGCCGCUCUGGAGGUGACCGAGGCCAUGGAAAUCCCACAAAAAGAUGGAGAUGAGCCGCUCACGCUGGCUAGGAGGCUUCGCAGGGUUCCCGGAGCCUUUGAGAGGUUUGUUUCCACCAUCACCCGCCAGUACGUGGGUCACGUACUGGGGUUGGUGAAGUCCUAUUGGCCAACCACUCGUCUGGACGCCCUUGGACAAGGAGAUAAAGCUGAUUGUACGUAAGACAAAUUUCGUCAGUAUUUGACAGACUUCCAGAGUGGCCGAUCAAAUUGUAGAGUCCUUUAGCAAGGCAGAGUCUCCUUGAACUUUUUAUUGUAAUUGAAUUGGCGUGUGGGCCAAGAAUAUUUUUGAACAAAUACUGAAUAUUUGUGAAAU